GGAGCUGGAGAGUGCUGGUGCGGUAGGAGUAGGUUGCAGCAUCACCAGGUGGCAGACCUGCGUUUGCAGCCUCGAGAGCCUCGAGGCCCCUCCUUUUUCAUCCUGCCGUGGGGGGAGGGAGAAGGGGGGGGGCAGCUGCUGGGAUAACGGGCAUCCCCAGAAAAGGGAGAGACUUCUUUACUCCGAUCCUGGCAUCCUAGACUCUGGGAUGUCAGUGCUGGUGUAUCAGAUUCAGGGCGUUCUAUGGCUUCCCGUUCUCGGAGGGAAAAGAAAUCAGCAAAAGGGCGACAGGAAGCACUAGAACGACUGAAAAAGACAAAAGCUGGUGAAAAAUUUAAAUAUGAGGUAGAGGACUUCACAAAUGUUUAUGAUGAAGUUGAUGAAGAUCAGUACUCCAGAAUGGUCCAGGCACGGCAGGAUGAUGACUGGAUUGUGGAUGAUGAUGGUGUUGGCUAUGUUGAGGAUGGCCGGGAGAUUUUUGAUGAGGAGCUUGACGAUGAUGCCUUUGAUGUCAGUAAGAAAGGAAAAGGUGAUAAAGCAGUCAAAGACAAGAAAAACAUAAGGAAGGCCGUGGUAUCAAAGCCAAAUAAUAUCAAGUCAAUGUUUAUGGCAAGUGCUGGAAAGAAAACUGCAGACAAAGUUGUUGACUUGUCCAAGGAUGAUUUGUUAGGGGACAUUCUGCAGGAUCUUAAUGCUUCGACACCUCAGAUAACUCCACCACCUGUAAUGAUCCUAAAGAAGAAAAGACCCACUGGAGCUUCACUGAAUCCUUUUUCUGUGCAGAUACCCAAGGCAACUGCUUUGGGGAAAAAUGAUGUGUCUGUUUCAAAAAGGGAAUCUCCUGUGACUCUUGUUCAUCUUAAACAUGCUGAUUAUGUGACCAGGCCUGGUAGUGUAAAGCAGAAGACCAAGGACAUUGAACAGACGCAAAGUGUGGUAGUUAAUUCUGGUCCUGUGGAGGCACAACAGGAAGAUGCUUCUGAAGGAGAGGAGAUGAUAAAAGAGGAACAGGAACAGGAGGAGGAAAAGGGUUUGAUGGAUUUUGAAGAUGGAGACUUUGAUGAACCUAUGGAAGAUGAGGAUGCUGACAUUCUCCCCAAAGUUACCAAGAUUCAGAAGGAAGAGAAGAAACAGGAAAAAAGCAUGGAGCCAGAGUUGUCUCAUUUAGACAGUUUUCUCCCAGAUGUUUCUUGUUGGGACAAAAUGGAUCAGGAAGAUGAAAGCAGUUUACAAACCCAAGAAAUCCAAGUAGAUUCAAACCGCCUUCCACUGGUAAAAGGGACAGAUGGUGAUCAAGUCUUUCUGUUUUAUUGGCUGGAUGCUUAUGAAGAUCAGUAUAGUCAACCAGGUGUGGUAUUUCUGUUUGGCAAAGUUUGGAUUGAAUCAGCAGAGACCCAUGUAAGCUGUUGUGUCAUGGUAAAAAACAUUGAGCGGACUCUUUAUCUCCUGCCCCGUGAAGAGCAAAUAGAUGUAACUACUGGAGAAAAGAAGGGGAUUCCAGUUACAAUGAAAGAUGUUUAUCAAGAAUUUGAUGAAAAAGCUGCAACAAAAUAUAAGAUUAUGAAGUUCAAGUCCAGGAAAGUUGAAAAGAACUAUGCUUUUGAGAUCCCGGAUGUUCCAGAAAAAUCUGAAUACUUGGAAGUUAGGUACUCGGCUGAACUACCACAACUUCCUCAAGAUUUGAAAGGAGAGACAUUUUCUCAUGUAUUUGGGACCAAUACAUCUAGUUUGGAACUUUUCUUGAUGAACAGGAAGAUUAAAGGCCCUUGUUGGCUAGAAAUAAAAAAUCCACAGCUCUUGAAUCAACCAAUCAGUUGGUGUAAAGUGGAGGCAAUGGCUUUAAAACCAGACUUGGUGAAUGUUGUUAAAGAUAUUGCUCCCCCUCCCCUUGUGAUCAUGUCGUUCAGCUUGAAGACUAUGCAGAAUGCAAAGACUCAUCAAAAUGAGGUUAUUGCUUUGGCAGCUCUGAUCCAUCACAGUUUUCCUUUGGAUAAAGCAGCACCUCAGCCUCCUUUUCAAUCACACUUCUGUGUUGUCUCCAAACCAAAUGACUGUAUCUUCCCAUAUGAUUUUAAAGAAGUUAUUAAUAAAAAGAAUGUGAAGAUUGAGAUUGCUGCCACAGAGAGAACUUUGCUGGGUUUUUUCUUGGCAAAGGUUCACAAAAUUGACCCAGAUGUCAUUGUGGGUCAUAAUAUUUAUGGAUUUGAUCUGGAAGUGCUACUGCAGAGAAUUAAUGUGUGCAAAGUUCCUCACUGGUCUAAGAUAGGUCGCCUAAAGAGAUCCAACAUGCCAAAGCUUGGGGGCCGGGGUGGCUUUGCAGAAAGGAAUGCAGCCUGUGGCCGGAUGAUCUGUGAUGUGGAAAUUUCAGCAAAGGAGUUGAUUCGUUGCAAGAGUUACCAUUUAUCUGAACUUGUCCACCAGAUCCUGAAAGCUGAAAGGGUAACAAUUCCAUCAGAAAACAUACGAAAUAUGUACAGUGACUCUCCUCAUUUAAUGUACCUAUUGGAAAACACCUGGAAAGAUGCCAAGUUCAUUCUUCAAAUCAUGUGUGAGCUCAAUGUCCUCCCAUUAGCACUGCAGAUCACAAACAUUGCUGGGAAUGUUAUGUCAAGGACAAUGAUGGGUGGUAGAGCUGAGCGUAAUGAGUUCUUGCUGCUUCAUGCGUUUUAUGAGAACAACUAUAUUGUUCCUGACAAGCAGAAUUUCAGGAAGCCUCAACAAAGACUGGGAGAUGAAGAUGAAGAUAUUGAUGGAGAUGCAAAUAAAUCCAAAAAAGGACGAAAGAAAGCAGCAUAUGCUGGUGGCUUGGUAUUGGAUCCUAAAGUUGGUUUUUAUGAUAAAUUUAUUUUGCUUCUGGACUUCAACAGCCUAUACCCUUCCAUCAUUCAGGAAUUUAACAUUUGUUUCACUACUGUGCAAAGAGUUGCUCCAGAGAACCAAAAAAUCACAGAGGAUGAAGAGCAAGAAGAUAUUCCUGAUUUGCCGGAUCCAGAUUUAGAAAUGGGUAUUCUACCCAAAGAAAUUAGGAAACUGGUUGAGAGAAGAAAACAAGUCAAACAGCUCAUGAAACAGCAAGAUUUAAAUCCAGACCUUGUUCUACAGUACGACAUUAGACAGAAGGCUUUGAAGCUCACAGCAAACAGUAUGUACGGCUGUCUUGGAUUUUCCUUUAGCAGAUUUUAUGCCAAACCAUUAGCUGCUUUGGUGACAUACAAAGGAAGGGAGAUUUUGAUGCAUACCAAGGAGAUGGUGCAAAAGAUGAACCUCGAAGUUAUUUAUGGAGAUACAGAUUCAAUUAUGAUAAAUACUAAUAGCAACAACCUGGAAGAAGUCUUCAAGCUGGGGAACAAGGUUAAAAGUGAGGUGAACAAGUUGUACAAGAUGCUAGAGAUUGAUAUUGAUGGAGUGUUCAAGUCUUUGCUUCUGCUAAAGAAAAAGAAAUAUGCUGCUUUGGUGGUGGAGCCAACCUCAGAUGGGAAAUAUGUCACCAAACAAGAGCUGAAAGGACUAGACAUAGUGCGAAGAGAUUGGUGUGAUCUUGCCAAGGAAACUGGAAACUUUGUCAUUGGUCAGAUUCUUUCUGACCAGAAUAGGGACACAAUUGUGGACAACAUUCAGAAACGGUUAAUAGAAAUUGGGGAAAAUGUGACGAAUGGUAGUGUCCCAAUAAGUCAAUUUGAGAUUAACAAGGCUUUAACAAAGGACCCUCAGGAUUACCCUGACAAAAAGAGCCUACCACAUGUGCAUGUUGCCAUCUGGAUAAACUCUCAUGGAGGCAAAAAGGUGAAAGCUGGAGAUACUGUGUCAUAUGUCAUCUGUCAGGAUGGAUCCAACCUAAGUGCCAGUCAAAGAGCUUAUGCUCCUGAGCAGCUGCAAAAACAGGACAACCUGACCAUUGAUACUCAGUACUACCUAUCACAGCAGGUCCACCCUGUUGUGGCUCGAAUCUGUGAGCCAAUAGAUGGAAUUGAUGCUGCUCUUAUUGCAACUUGGUUAGGACUGGAUCCUACUCAAUUCAGAGUUCAUCAACAUUACCAUAAAGAUGAAGAGAAUGAUGCCUUACUUGGUGGCCCAGCACAACUCAGUGAUGAAGAAAAAUAUAGGGACUGUGAAAGAUUCAAAUUUUCUUGCCCUAAAUGUGGAACCGAGAACAUUUGUGAUGGUGUCUUUGAUGGUUCGGGACCACAGAUGGAACCCAGCUUGUUUCGUUGCUGUAAUAUAGAUUGUAAUGCUUCACCUAUAACCUUUAGUGUAUACCUGAACAAUAAAUUAAUCCUGGAUAUCAGGCGCUGCAUUAAAAAAUACUACAAUGGUUGGUUGAUAUGUGAGGAGCCAACAUGUCAGACUAGAACUCGUCGACUUCCCCUUCAGUUCUCCCGGAAUGGUCCUCUCUGUCAGACAUGCUUGAAAGCUACCCUCAGACAAGAGUAUUCCGACAAGUCUCUAUAUACCCAGCUGUGCUUUUAUCGGCACAUGUUUGAUGUGGACUAUGCACUGGAGAAACUUAUUACCGAUCAUGAGAAAGCCAUAUUGAAGAAAUUCUUCUCCAACACAGACAGUGAGACGUACAAAAAACUAAAGAGCACGGCAGAGCAGUUCUUGUCCUGGAGUGGCUAUUCGGAAGUGUGCCUCAGCAAACUCUUCUCAGACUGCACUGUGAAGCCCUUUAGGGAAUCCCAGGACUGACGGAGGGAGCGGGGAGUUUACAAAUCAUCUCGUGUCUCCCUCUCCACACGUUCACCCCACCCCCACAGUAGCCCAAAGUGUCUCUUUUGCAUCUGUUCUGCUGGGCUUUCCCAUUUUGGAGAGAAUAUUCAUAAGGCUGGGGGGAGAGGGGAGAAUUGUUUUAACUUCCUUCGGGUUAAAAAAUAAACAACAACCAACCUUGACUUCACUUGAAAAAGACACUUUAAGAGACUGUAGGCCUUUCUAGAGCACCUGAAGAGUGGAUUCCCCCAGACGUAUGUAUACUGGGAUGGGGGAGGGUGGAGGAAGAGGGGAAUUGCUACUUUAAUUGAAUAAUUCCCAGUGAGAGUUGCUGGAAUGUAAGUGAUCCUAGACUUUGCUCCGGGGUAUUUAGUCGAGGUGCUCUCCGGAAGAGAGGUUAGUAGAGGUCUCUCUAGGAGCACUAAUGUUUUGCCUUUUCACAGUUUAUCAACUUCCCCACCAGAAACAUACCAAUUAAAAACAAUACCAACCCUAAAUGCUUCUCUAAUGUGCUACCACCUGCUUUUGGAUUUAGCCUAGGGGAGAGUUACAGGUUUUUCAAAUUAGAUAUUUGGGGGUGGGAAGCUUCCUUCCCCACCCCUUCAGUUUGCAUCCAGGUCGGAGCCUAAUAGCAACACUUACCUAAGGUUUGACACUGUUAGUGAAAUUACAUAUCUCUCCCCCCAACCCCCGUUUGUUUUUUUAAUUUAAGACAGUUGAGUGCG